UUGCAACUGGCCCUGCCACGGGUUGGAGUGUUGGCGUUGCUAGCUGGUUAAAGCGCAGCUAGCUUUCCAAUUUUUUUGGAUCGUAAAGGAAUGGUGGUGUGUAUGGCACGAUUUGGUGAGUGAAUCUUUAGAUUCAGAAGAGAGUCAGCUUCUCAAGAGAAAAUCGUUGACGGGUCUAGGGCAAUCUUCGAUACUAAACGGACAUGGCAGCAGCAACAGUGGUGGAGUCUGAUCAGUCGUCAACCGAAAGCGGUGCCGCAUUUAAUGAACUAAACAGCACUGGCUGGAACGAAUCUCAACUUCGAAAGUAUCCUUUUCAAACAAAACCCAUACCAAGACUCUCUCUUACGGAUCCAAGAGCCGAGCUGCUUUUAAACAAUGAGGAGCCUGUGGUUUUAACGGACACAAAUCUAGUGUAUCCAGCUCUGAAAUGGGACAUAGGUUACCUUCAGGAGAACAUUGGGAGCGGAGACUUCUCUGUUUACAUUGCCGAAAACCACAAGUUCCUCUACUAUGACGAGAAGAAAACGGUCAACUUUGAGAACUUUGUCCCCAAGUCUCGAAGGAUGGAAAUGAAAUUCUCAGAAUUUGUAAACAAAAUGCAUGAAACACAAGAACUGGAUGGCGAGGAGAGGGUGUACCUGCAGCAGACCUUGAAUGACACAGUGGGAAGGAAGAUUGUGGUGGAUUUCCUGGGGUUUAACUGGAACUGGAUCAACAAACAACAAGCCAAGCGUAACUGGGGACAACUUACAUCUAACUUACUGCUCAUAGGCAUGGAGGGCAAUGUGACCCCAGCUCACUACGAUGAGCAACAGAACUUCUUUGCUCAGAUUAAAGGGCACAAGAGGUGCAUUCUGUUUCCUCCAGACCAGUUUGAGUGUCUCUACCCCUUCCCUGUACACCACCCCUGUGACAGACAGAGUCAGGUUGAUUUUGAGAACCCUGACUAUGAGAGGUUUCCUAAUUUCAAAAACCUAGUGGGCUAUGAGACUGUUGUGGGCCCAGGGGACGUGCUCUACAUCCCUAUGUAUUGGUGGCAUCACAUUGAGUCCCUUUUGAGUGGCGGAGUGACUAUCACUGUUAACUUUUGGUACAAGGGCGCCCCAACACCCAAGAGGAUAGAGUACCCUCUCAGAGCCCAUCAGAAGGUGGCCAUCAUGAGGAACAUCGAGAAGAUGCUGGGAGAGGCACUAGGAGACCCACACGAAGUCGGACCUUUGCUGAACAUGAUGAUUAAGGGGCGAUACGACCAGGACCAGAGAUUCAGCUAGAAUCUCCUCUUGCAAACAGUUACCAGUCUGCUGCUGAAAUUGUGUGUGUGAGUGCUUGUGUUGGUGAGUGAGUGUGUGUGUGUGUGUGUGUGUGUGUGUGUGUGUGUGUAUGUUUAGUAUGAGUGGACACGAGUGCACUUGCAUGCAAACUUGGACUGUUGAGCUACCAUUGCAUGGCAGUACUAGGCUACCCUGAAAGACAGGGAAAUCUUCCACUCUGCUUCGAUUUGCCUGACACUUUCUUUCUUUUUGUUUUUUUUUUGUUUCAAGCUGCCAGAGGAAUAGACUGGACUAGUGGUCCAUUUCCUCUCCGCAUGCUGUCAAUGAUUGCCUGGUAUUGAAUACGUGACUUACACUCAAUAAGUAUUUUAUUGGGAGUAAAGUAUCCUUGCAUCAGCAAUGUGUGUUGGUAUAGGGAACUUAACCACAAUAUAUCUAGAUAUUUAUAAGCCAGAAGUUCCUGCUCUGUCAACAUCACUGCAAAAUAGGAAUACCUUGAUAUAACAGUGAUUGUGGGACACUCCGCCUUAGCUACACUGUGAUUUGAGAGCUAAAUUACAGGACUUACUUUCUCAAAAUAUUUUUUUGCAUACCUGUAAAGAUUUUAACAAAGAAUAUUUUGGGGGGGGGGUUGUUGAUAUGGCUGAUUGGUUUAAUCAAUGGGUGUCAGAAAGCAGUAGUUUAUUGGCAGAUAAAAAAUCAAAAAAAUCAAAAUUUCAAAAUCGAGCCAAAAUUGUCUUUCACAACACUGAAGGAACAUGUGAUAGUUCAUGUGAUAUGUGAUUUUAGUUUAAGAAUUUACAAAUAGUUUGUGAUUGUAUGUUGCUCAUAUCUUUGAUUUCAUGAAUAAGCUACAUUUGUUUUUGUUAUUUGAUAAUCAACGUUACUUGAAAUGGAAACCACCAGUCAGGGCAUUAAAGUACAUAUGCAAACAUUUCAAUCUUAACUGCUCAGUCUAUUUUGGACAGAAAAAAUAACCCUCAUAUAAAAGCCAUUUUGCUAGCUUUUCCCUGAAAUCUAGCAAAAUGUGACCGAUUUGUUAAUUUGUAUCUUUUUUAAAUGCAUUGCAAUGCUGUACCCACUUGUGUAAUUUACCCUGUGGGUGACUCCUAGUGGCUUUAGCCAGACAGCUUUGUUCCAUAACUGCCACUAUCAGUGGUGGAAAAUGAGAUUUGGGAUGUAACUUCACUGAUAGAAUACUUCAACUGAGGUAUAAUAAAGUACCAACAGCUUAAAUACAUAAUGAGCUGUGACUUUGUCCAGGUCACUCUUGCAUGUUUGGUUAGUUUGGUUUACAGUUAUUAUAUUGCUAGUGUAAAUUCAAAGCAUUACUCAUUCAGUUAUUAUAGAUGUGGCUGACAUUUUGCUUUGAAAUAUGUUUGACCUACAGUUGAAUGAAAUGGACACAUUUUUUGUGUGUUUGACUUGCAUUUGUUCAAUCAAAAUUGUUGACUGCUAAUUUGCAUCCCAGUUAAGGAAUGCAUUUAUGCAAAAAGUCCCAUUGCUAUUGUUUGGACAGGUUUCAAAGUGAUUAGGAAUCAUGGUUGUUAUUGUGCCAUUGUGAAGUAUUUUCUUUAAGCAGCGCAAACAGACAGCUGGCGGUAACUCAGAGAGAUUCAAAUGACAUGUUGUGCUAUACUUGCCAAACAGACUGUGUCCUAAUGAUUAAAAAGCUGAUUGAUUGAUAACAAUCAAAAGCAGUAGAUGAACAAUAUUUAAAGGUUCUCUAACACGUUUUAAUUACUUUGCCUAAAUGGGGAGAAUAUUUGUUACCAAAACAGGAAUAUGUGUGUGAAAUUAAUUCAUGUCAUUCUGAAUAAUGAUCAUGGGUCAGUUUAGCAGACCUAGUGUAAGCGUAUCCAAUUUAUCAUUGCCAAAUGUCGGAGACCUAUUUAAUGGAGAUGCGUGUUUUUGGUUCAAGAUUUAACUUAAUUUGUCUUUUGGAAAUUACAUUGGAGUUACAGUAUAUAAGAAAAAGGUUUUAAGCCAUUUGUAUUAUUUGAUUAAAUAUGGGGAUUUGUUUCAUUUUCAGGUGACUGAAAAUGAAUCAAAUGUAAUUUGGUUGGCAUGUGCAUAGCACAUUUAGUUCCAUCAAAGAAUAUGGAAGUGUGUUGGUUAUACAACAAAAUUGUUCAAGUAUCUGUUCUUCAGUUCACUGAACCUAAGUUGAAUUGUGGUUUCUGUAUGUGCGUUCCUCCCUUCACCUGUACUGUACCACGUGCCUAGGUCUGUUAUGGAAUUGCACUAGAAGUAGGCAGAACUAUUUUCUAAGAUUAAUUUAAAUUAAGGCUUUAAAUGUGACUAUUUGACAUGGUUUGUGAAGAUAUUGGUAUUAUGUCAUUAGUAUCCUUUUGUCAGAAAUGUAAAACUAUACUUUUCUUCUGUUCCUGCACUUGUUUUGUCUGCUGAAUUCUGCACUGGUUUGAAUGACUGGUUAAUGUAUGUUGUUGUGCAAGUAGCUUUGAAAUAAAACUUUAUUGAAAUCAA